AUGGCGGAUUCAGUAGAUCGCGUGUUUGUACACGCUCUCAACACAGUUAAAAAGAUACCCAAAACUGGCGCAUCGAGGCCACCGCCGACCGAUCGACUCCGACUUUAUGGGCUCUAUAAACAGGCAAUGGAGGGUGAUGUUGAUGGUGUAAUGGAACGUCCGACUGCUGCCUCGGGAUUAGCGUCCGACGAACUUCAGCGCGAGAAAGAUAAAUGGGAUGCGUGGAAUCUACAAAAAGGAUUGAGCCGAACAGAGUCAAAGAGGAGAUAUAUCGAGGCGCUGAUAGAUACGAUGCAUCGAUAUGCGACCACACCGGACGCUGAGGAACUUGUGUCAGAACUCGAAUUCGUAUGGAAUCAGAUUAAGAAUAACAGUCCAAGCUCGUCAUUAUCGUCGCCGAGACCCAAUCAAUCAACUGGCGCCGGCGCACAACAACCUCCCCAAGAACCUGAACAAGCAAGCGAUGGUGAAGGCCCCCUGAAAGAGUUGAGACCGAUGAGCGAGUAUGACGAAGCGGAACUACGAUCUCAGCGACAGGUAGACCUGGAAGACGACGAAGUUGAUGUACCAACUAGCGAUCGAAGCAGUGGUCGCUGGCAGCGAAAGGUCGAACGAGCUUUAACCACCAUGUCUGCCGAGGUAGCUGCGUUACGAGAACAAAUUACGACGGGUCGAGAGUGGCGAACGAAGAAGGAGCGCAGUGUCCCAGCAUGGGUGAAGUGGUUUGCCUGGUUGUUGGUCAAACACAUAUUUGCUGAUCUCGUUAUUCUGUCGGUUGUUCUAUUAUGGCUGAGGAAGCGCAAAGAUCAACGACUCGAAGAUAUUGUGAGAGCGGGCGUCAGGCUCAUGAGGGAAUAUGUUCGAAACGUUCUUCCAUCACGAGGAUGA